CCAGUGGGGCCGGUGAUGGGUGUUGACGGUUCCGUUUCUCACAGGCUCUAACGUCAUGUUUUACCUGGCGGCUGCCGUGUCCGACUUCUACAUCCCCGCCUCGGAGAUGCCCGAGCACAAGGUCCAGUCCUCAGAGGGGCCCCUGCAGAUCACAAUGGAGAUGGUGCCAAAAAUGCUGUCUCCUCUAGUCAAAGAAUGGGCUCCGGAGGCGUUUGUUAUUUCCUUUAAACUGGAAACGGAUCCCUCGAUCUUAAUUGAAAAAUCACGGAAGGCUCUGGAGAAGUAUCGUCACCAGGUGGUGGUAGCAAAUAUCCUGGAGUCGCGGAGAACCUCUGUUGUUAUUGUAACCAAAGACUCUCAAACGCCAUUAUCUCUUUCUGAUGAGGAAAUAGCUCAAGGCAUGGAAAUAGAGGAAAAGAUAGUGAGCUAUCUUCAGGCUCAACAUACCGCAUUUAUAGAGAAGAAAUUCUGAGGACCAGCUCAUUCCAGCUCUAAAUGAAAGAAACGAAACGAAAGUUUGCUAGGGAGAGAGCGGAACUGGAGCGAUUCUCUAUCACGGGUAAAUAGAACAAUGCUCAGUGAAACACUAUGGGAAAGGCUGCCGUCCAAAACUGUGUAACUUUUCCAUAGCUUCAUAAUGGUUAUUGUGGCUUGCUUUCAAAAAGAAAAAUACACUGAAAUGAAAACAUUCCAAAGAAUGAUAUUUGUUCUAGUUUGUAAAGAAGGAAAUAAUAUAUUGCUUUAUUUCUGUCCCCUAGACGGGAGGACAGGGCAGUGGAGAAAUGGUAUGUAUGAAUGUAUAUAAAGAUUUUUCUUGAAUCUGC